UUAUUUUGCAUGCAGAGGAGUGAGGAGACACCCUCUGGAGUCAGUCCUCUGGAGUCAGACAGACAUUUAGCACCGCUAAUUACCUCUGAGAUGAGCUAGAAGGCCAGCGAAGGUGCGAAUCCCAGAAGGCGGUACCCCCCGCUUGUGCUGUGAAGCAUCUCUUCCUUUCGGAGCCAGCACUCGCCAUGCCACCAGCGACAGACCUCUGCAGGACAUGAUGACGGCUGACAAGGAGAAGAAAAGGGCAAUCAGCCGCGAGGCGGCCAGAAAGAGGCGGCGAGUGGAGUCUGACGUGUUCGGGGAUUUAUGCCGCCUCUUGCCGCUGCAGCCCUCCGUCCGAGCCCACCUGGACAAGCCCUCCAUCAUCCGCCUCACCCUCAGCUACAUCCGCAUGCGCACGCUGCUCAAAGUUUCAGACUCUGUUGAGACGAACGCGGAGGCCGGACACGCAGUUAAGGGCCAGCCUGGACCGGGAGGGGGGGGAGAGAUGAACUGGGACAAGGAGGAGAAGCAAGGGGAAGAUCUGGUCCCGUCGGAAGAGACCAGUAUGUACCUGAGAGUGCUGGAGGGGUUUCUCGUGGUCUUGUCCGCUGAGGGAGACAUGAUGUUUCUGUCCGACAACGUCAGCAAGUACAUGGGCCUGACGCAGACAGAGUUGAUGGGACACAAUAUUUUUGAGUACACUCACCCCUGCGACCACGAGGAGAUCAGACACAACCUACGUCUGACGGCAGGGGAAGCUUGGUGCACUCAGAAGAGGGAUUUUGUCAUGAGGAUUAAAAGUGCUCUGACACACAGAGGAAGAAGCGCAAACCUCAAGUCAGCCACGUGGAAGGUGCUGCACUGUCAGGGCCAGUCAAAGGUGUGCGCGGCAUCUUCUUCUGUGUCCUGCCUGCUCCUGACCUGCCGGCCCCUGCCGCUCUCACACACACUCCUCAGCACACACACCUUCACCAGCCAGCACAGCAUGGACAUGAGGUUCACGUACUGCGACCAGAGAGUGACUUCUCUUCUAGGUUACAGGCCUGACGAGCUUAUCGGCCGUUCCCUCUACGAACUCUGCCACGCACACGACACCAGCUGUCUGAACAAGAACCACAUGAACUUGUGUCUGAAGAACCAGUCGGUCAGCGGCCAGUACCGGCUGCUGGUCAGAACCGGAGGUUACGUCUGGGUUGAGAGUCACAGCGCCGUCAUCCCCAGCGUCCGAGCCUCCCGGUCCAGACCCGCCGCCCACCAGCCGCUCUGCAUCCUCUGCGUUACCUACGUUCUCAGUGGAGUGGAGGAGCCCACUCUGCACCUCUCUUUGGACCAGAUUUGGACCAGAUAUCCGAGCUGAAAGCGGAGUCUGAGGAACCGUCUACAGAAGCCAACAUCCUCCUCCUUUGAUGUCUUGUAUUUUUAUUUUACCUAAUUUAAUAAAAUCAGAAGUUCCUCAUUCA